CUCUCCUUAGAGUAAAGUACUAUCCUUGUUAUGUCUGGCAGGUAAGCCUAUUCAUAAUUGCGGGACUAAGAGGAGUAUAAACUCACGAUUUGCCCUCUAUCACUAGCCAAGCUUUAUCCGGACAGGAUGUCGGCUCGCUCGGGAAUGGAAGGGUUUUGCAAAGUGUGCCUUCACGCAAACAACGAACACUACACUGCGCCCUGCCCUGCCACUGGCUGCCUGAACAGAUGGAAGGAAUGCACUGCCAGUAACUGCUUCAGAGAGCGUCCUAAGGGCUCCAAGGGCGCCAAGGGCUCUAAGGCUUCGAAGGGUUCUAAGGCUCUACCAUACAGGGUGUGCUUUGGAUGCAAGGACCACCCGGCAUGCAGGGAGAAUCUCGAUUUCAGCGGCGACCAGGUUGAUGUCCCAGAGAAGCAGAAUGAGGACUACGCCGCGACUGGGACUGCGGGGGGCCAAGAUGCUGAAGGUAACUGGACUCGUUGAUCUAGUUCUCUGGACUUCUACGAGGCAACUCAAAUGCAUUGCUGAGACAUACCCGCAUAUUGCGGC